AUGGGAAAUUGGAGCACAGUGACCAAAUUCACCCUCAUUGCCUUCCCAGCUCUCUUGGAGAUUCGAAUAUCCCUCUUUGUGCUCCUCUUGUUGACUUACACAUUAACAGCAACAGGAAACAUGAUCAUUAUCUCCCUGACAUGGAUUGAUCAUCGCCUGCAAACCCCAAUGUACUUUUUCCUCUGUAAUUUGUCUUUUCUGGAUAUUUUAUACACCACUGUCAUUACACCAAAGUUGUUAGCCUGCCUCCUAGGAGACAAGACUAUAUCUUUCUCUGGCUGCAUUUUUCAAACAUAUUUCUACUUCUUUCUGGGGACAAUGGAGUUUAUCCUCUUGGCAGUGAUGUCCUUUGACCGCUAUGUGGCCAUCUGUAACUCUCUGCACUACCCCAUCAUCUUGAACAGCAGGGCCUGCCACUUGCUGAUUCUGAGUUGCUGGGUGGGAGCCUUUCUGUCUGUGUUGGUCCCAACCAUCGUAGUGACAAAGCUACCUUACUGUAGGAAAGAAGUUAAUCAUUUUUUCUGUGACAUUGCCCCUCUUCUACAGGUGGCAUGUAGACACCUCAUUGAGAAGAUAAACUUCCUCCUCUCUGCCCUUGUCAUCCUGAGUUCUCUGGCAUUCACUACUGUGUCCUACAUUUAUAUUAUUUCUGCCAUACUGCACAUCCCCUCAGCUCACGGCCGUCAAAAAGCAUUUUCUACCUGCACUUCUCACAUCACUGUUGCUUCCAUUGCUUACGGGAGCAAUAUCUUUGUGUAUGUGAGACCUAAUCAGAAAUCCUCACUGGAUUUUGACAAGGUAGCUGCUGUCCUCAUCACAGUGGUGACCCCUCUUCUGAACCCUUUUGUCUACAGUUUGAGGAAUAAAAAGGUAAAGGAAGUGUUGAGAGAGACAAUGAACAUAAUCAUGUCCUUAAUACUAAGGAAAACUUGA